AUGGAAACUUUCAAAUGCAUAAUGAAGCAGAGCAUGAGGUCACGGAAGAAAAGUAUUAAACAAAUAGAACAACUUUUCAUGAAAAUAGACUAUGAAGCAGUGGGCAGAAUUCAGUGGGAUGGCUUCUGCACGUAUUUGCAGCUAGUAUAUUCGGAGCAGGCUGGUGCUCGGGCUCGACAGCAGGAGGCCUCCUUCCAGCGGCCCGCUCUGCUACAGGGGCUGUCGUACAGGGCUCCCGUGCUGCGCAUUCUUGCUGCGCCUGAUGACACCUUAAUCAUGAUCAGAGAAGAUGGAGCCAUUUAUUUCUGGUCCCUGCAGCUGAAGUUGAAAAGAAGAAAGUGGGUUUUUGACAAGCCCAUUAUUCGGAAGUCCAGGUGGGUGAUGGAUGUUACCAUCAUGCCCCAGUACAAUAAACUGAUCCUAGCGACUGGAAACUGUGAAAUCCAGUAUGAACUCUCUAACUUGGAGCCGUACUGUCAGAUUGGUGGCCUGGAAGCUGUCCCACUGAAACUGAACUAUUGUCAAGGCAUUUACUUCUGCAAGGGAAAGAAUUUGCUAUUCACAGGUGGAAUGGAUAGGAUAAUUAGAGUCUGGAAUCCUUAUCUGCCUGGAAAACCAACAGGUAUGCUGAGAAGCCACACAGCUCCAGUGAUUUACAUCCAUGUGUCUGCUGAGGAUAACAAGAUAUUUUCCAUGCCCACCGACAACACUAUUAAGAUCUGGGAUCUGGAGACCAACAGCUGCUUGUUCACUGCCUCCUCCAAAGCCAGCGGCAUUCGGGGUGAGCCUGGGGCCUGCCUCUAUCUCCCCGGUCCCAGAGCCCUGUAUGUGGCCGCUGAUAUCCCAGCACUCCUGCACCUGAGGCUGAGUUCUCCCCACGAGCCUCACCCGGUGGUUUCCCACAAAGAACCUGUGGUAUGCUGCCGGUACAACCCAACAUUCAGGCAGGUGAUCAGCUGCUCAGAAGCAUCUGUGGUGAAAGUAUGGGACUUUGAAACGGGAAGACUGUUGUCUGAAUUUACUGGGGCUCAUGGCACUGCUGGAAUCACCUGUCUGACCUUUGACUCCAGUGGAAGAAGGCUGGUUACUGGAGGCAGAGACAGUUGUCUGAAAAUAUGGAGCUACAACAGUGGACAUUGUCUGCACACUCUGAGACAUGAUGGAGAGCAAGGUGAAGUCUGUGAUGGCACCUACUUGGAAGUGAACCAAAAUAAGUGUAUCAUAGCAGUUGGAUGGGAGAGAAGAAUAGAUGUGUACUUUGACACACCGUGUGACUUUCAUCACUUCAGGAAGCCACAGCCACACUGGCAAGAUGACUUGAACCAUGGACACACGGAAGACAUUCUCUGUGUGGCUCAUUGCCCACCUUCUCUCCUCGCCACCUCCAGUUACAGUGGGGAGAUUAUCAUCUGGAAUGUCAUCUCAGGCCACGUGUACUGCAAGCUGAAUUCCCCCAGCCCCUCUGAUGGCACAGAAAAUGGAGAAGGCCCAGACAGAAGUGUCUCCUGCCUCGCCUUCCUCAAGACACGGGCAGCCAACUUGGAAUCAGCCUCCGUUUCCCUGAUGGCCAACGGGCGUCAAGGUUCUGUCACCUUCUGGAGGCUGUUCAGUGAAGCCCGUCCCAUUGCCAACUUUGCUCCUUCCAGGGACAAAGCCCGGGUCAGCAGCAUGGUGGUGACAGCGGGAGAUGCCUGUGCCUACGUGGCUGACCAGCGCGGCUUUGUGCACGUCUAUGACAUCGAGGAGUACGGCCUGCAGGGACAGGAACUGCAGCCUCCCACGAAUGUGACAUUCUGGAGGGCCCAUGUCAGCAUGGUGACAUCUUUGGAGCUGAUAGAAGAAGAGGUUCUGCUCUCAUCCUCCCUGGACCGCACCAUGUGCCUGUGGAGCAGGGAUGGGGCUUUCAUCGGGAGCUUUGGGCAGAGCAGCCCCUGGGAUAUUUUCACUCCUGCCUCCUGGAGCCACCCUAGAGUGCCCCAUGAAGUCCUGACAGACCCCCAGAGCAUGCCUGCUCACCCAGUGCUAGAAGGAGGUGUUCCUGCCACGUGCAGAGGAGAAGAGCAAAACAAGGUGGCAGAGGGCAAGGCCAGUGCUGAGCCUGAAAAGACCUCUGAUCCUCGCUCUCUAGGAGACUGCGUCCUUGAAGUGAAGGAAGACUCCUGUGGAGGGGAUGGAUUCGGCAAUGACAGGCUGCCCUUGGAGCAGAGCAAGCCUCCCCGGGGCAUGCCUGUGCUGGGAACCCCCAGCAUCUACCAGAGCCUCUGGUGCCACCAGGCCCCCUGCCCAUCAGCACUCCCAGAGAAGCCGGAUUUGUCCAUCCUUGGUGCAGAUUUGUUUAACUUAGAUUUUCUUACACAAGAAAAAGAAGGAAGUGAAGCUGUCCAGAAAGAGUACUGA